AGUCCCAUUUAUUUGUUGUCAAUAUGAAUAACCUGCUGGACCUCAUCUUCGCUUUCAAAGUAAUGAUCAGUAGCAUUCAAGCUGCUGAUAGCCUCGUCGAUUAUGUUAACGUUUUAGCCGGUACUUCUAAUACUUAUGAGUUGUCUACUGGUGGCGCCACGCCCCUCAUGGGCCGACCAUUCGGCUUCAAUCAUUGGUCUGUUCAAACUGAACCCGACCAUGCCACUGUACGCUACUUCAACCCGGCCUCGAGAAGCUUCUAUGGUGUUCGAUGCACUCACCAACCGUCCAUAUGGAUAGGCGACUAUGGUUAUUUUCUCGUUAAUGCUAUCAUAUCCCAUGAUGGAUUACAGCAAUCUGUGUCGUUCGCUCCGCUGCAGACUACUUACAAGCCACACUACUUCAAGUCAUCGGCUCUGUAUCCUGGUAACGCUGAUAUGGGUGGCGCUAGGAUUGAAAUGACACCGACGGAACAUGCUGCAUUUUUUCGGUUUUCUUUUCCACCCAAGGUCAACUCAACGGUGCUUGUGAGACUAUUUGACUAUAGCUCAUCGACACCAGUCGUGCACGACGAGGAGGGUCGUCUCUCUACUCAAACCAGUGUUAACAACGGUGGUGUAUUGCCUGGGUUCGCCAUGUUUAUCAAUGGGGUAAUUGACCCACCACCUGCACGCAUGCGCAACAUAGAUGGUUCAAUCAUGCUGGAGUAUGAUGCUGCGGAAAAUAAUAAAAGACUUUCGGUACACCUCCGUAUCGCUACGUCUUUCAUCUCUAAUGAACAAGCUCAAGUAAAUUUGGCGAGGGAGUUACCUUUGUGUAAGAACUUUGAUACUUUCGUGAAGGAAGGUGAAGACGUAUGGCAAACACGCCUAAGUCUGGUUACUUAUGAUACAGUACAGCAAAACAGUAACUUUUUGAGAACUUUUUAUACCAAUUUCUAUCGAACUAUGCUGUUCCCGAGACUUCUUGGUGAAUAUGAUCAGAAUAAUCAACUCGGGCACUACAGUGUUUAUACUGGGAAAGUCGUACCUGGCGAGUUGGCGACUGACAGUGGCUUUUGGGAUGCUUACAGGACGGUUUACCUCUGGUUAAGUGUUGCCGCUCCGGACAUUCUAGACCGUCUUUUAGAGGGGUGGGUGAAUGCCUAUAAGGAAGCUGAAUGGUUACCAACGUGGGCGUCACCUGGCCAGAGGGGCUCUAUGGUUGGCACUAUGGGGGAUGUGGUUUUUGGUUGGGCGAUAAUUGCCAACAAGACGCCGCAUUUGGCUGAUGAUAUGUACGCGGCCAUCCGGAAAGAUGCUUUUGUGGAACGUCCUAAGAACUCGCAGUUUGGGAGAGAAGGACUUGGCGCGUACUCCGAGCGAGGAUACAUUCCGGUUAGAUCAAGUGUGUCCGAAGUCGUAUCGAGAGGCCUCAAUUUCGCCGAGGCCGACUCUGUGAUUGCAGCAGCAGCGUCCAAACUAGGACACUAUUCUGAUGCUAGCGUUCUCUAUAGUAGAGCUCAGAAUGCCCUGGAGAUGUCCUUCAACACUGAGAGCAAAUUGUUCGAGCCGCUCGAAGCUAGCGGGAACUGGAUUUCUCCGUUCGACCCGUCAUCGUGGUCAGCUGAGUUCUUUACUGAGGCUUCAGCUCGCCAGUAUCGCUUCUAUGCGCCUUUCAAUGUGGAUUUCCUCAUCACGAAGUAUGGUGGCCGAGAAGCACUCUGUGAGCACUUGGAGAAUCACUUCAGUGAACAG